UGCUACGUUCGCCGGCAAACAUAGUUGCGUCCAGGUCUGCCAGUUUUAUUCGGAAGCUUCCAGCAGUGCGUGUGAUUUACGGCGAGCAACGGCCACAUAGACUCAUCCAGAUAUCUGAAAGUCCCAAUACAUACCAUAAAAUGUAUCAUUACCAGGCAGGCGACGACAAUGGCGUCUACGCGGAUGCGGAGGCGGACAAGAGUUUCGCAUUCGAUGACCAGAGCAUACGCAAGGGCUUCAUACGCAAGGUCUACCUGAUACUGAUGGUGCAACUGCUGAUCACCUUUGGCUUUGUCAGCGUGUUCACCUUCUCGAAAGCGACCCAGGAGUGGGCAAUGCACAAUCCCGCGCUCUUCUGGAUUGCGCUGGCCGUGAUGCUUGUGACGAUGAUCUGCAUGGCCUGCUGUGAGAGCGUGCGCCGCAAGACGCCGCUCAACUUCAUCUUUCUGUUCCUGUUCACGCUGGCCGAGUCCUUCCUCCUGGGCAUCGUUGCCGGCCAGUACCAGGCGGACGAGGUGCUCAUGGCUGUGGGCAUCACGGCAGCCGUCAGCCUUGGGCUCACGCUCUUUGCGCUCCAAACGAAAUACGACUUCACGAUGUGCGGCGGAGUGCUGGUCGCUUGCCUGGUGGUGUUCAUCAUAUUCGGAAUCAUUGCGAUCUUUAUUCCCGGCCAGAUCAUUGGACUGGUCUACGCAUCGCUGGGCGCGCUCCUCUUCUCCGUGUAUCUGGUGUACGACACCCAGCUGAUGCUGGGCGGCAAUCACAGGUACGCGAUCAGUCCCGAGGAGUACAUCUUUGCCGCGCUCAACCUCUACCUGGACAUAAUCAACAUCUUCAUGUACAUACUCACCAUUAUUGGCCUGGCGCGCAACUAAGUGAGCCCGGACCGGGCUGGGCGCUAUCUAGAACUAUUUAUUACUUUAUUAGCUAACUGAGAUUACGUGUCGGAAUUGUUCAAGAAAUACACUUACAAUAACUGA